GCACGAGAAAUUCUCAUGGAAGAAUCAAAUGUACAACCAGUCAAAUGCCCGGUGACAGUUUGCGGUGAUAUUCAUGGACAAUUCCACGAUUUGAUGGAACUCUUUCGAAUUGGUGGAAACUCGCCAGACACCAAUUAUCUUUUCAUGGGUGACUACGUUGAUCGUGGAUACUAUUCGGUAGAAACGGUUACUCUACUUGUCGCACUUAAAGUUCGUUACAGAGAUCGUGUGACGAUUCUUCGAGGAAAUCAUGAAUCUCGACAAAUUACUCAAGUAUAUGGAUUUUAUGAUGAAUGUUUAAGGAAGUAUGGAAACGCCAAUGUAUGGAAGUAUUUCACGGAUCUUUUUGAUUAUUUACCGCUAACUGCAUUAAUUGACGAUCAGAUCUUUUGUCUACACGGCGGUCUAUCACCGUCAAUCGAUACUCUUGACCACAUUCGAUCUUUGGACAGAAUUCAGGAAGUUCCUCACGAAGGUCCUAUGUGUGACUUACUAUGGUCUGAUCCUGAUGAUCGUUGCGGCUGGGGUAUUUCGCCCAGAGGUGCCGGUUACACUUUUGGGCAAGAUAUAUCAGAGGCGUUCAAUCACAAUAAUGGAUUAACAUUGAUUGCUAGGGCUCAUCAAUUAGUGAUGGAGGGAUAUAAUUGGUCGCAAGAUAGAAACGUGGUUACAAUCUUUAGUGCGCCAAAUUAUUGCUAUCGCUGUGGCAAUCAAGCCGCUAUCAUGGAAAUAGAUGAACAUCUGAAAUACACAUU